GGGCUACGGCAGGAACAUGCAUGAUUGGGCGCAUAUCCAUACAUUAGAAAGCUUUAUGGAUUUAGUUGAGGCUCGUUGGCACAACCCUCAGCAGGCACAGAUUGCCACUGAUGGGCUCUUAAAGCUUGAUACUAGAAAGUACAAGUCUGUGCGGGAACUCACCAUAGCCGUAGAGCGCCUGAUCGUCGUCCCGGGAGUGGAGUACAAUCCACAGGUCUUGCUGACCAUGUUCCUGAGAUGUCUUCCCACAGACAUUAGGAACUUAUUAGCCAGCGAGGCUCGACGCGAGUAUCACACAUUUGAGUCAUUCAGCAAGAAGGCCCUAGACUUAGAGGUUACGCUGGGUGGAGCUCAAACCCCUUCUACGGAUGGGAGAAAGAAGAAGACUCCACAAGAAUGGAAGAAGAAGGGUAGUCGAUUCAUGAUGGUUGAUUACGAUGGGAAUCAAACCGAGAUCGAUGAUGUUUUCGAUCUUGUGGAGGGUUCAGAGUUUGACGGCGAGGAGAGUGCUGAGGGUAGCAACCUCGCCGCCGUAGUUAAGACUAAGGCAGCUGGCCGUGGCAAGGGCAGUCAACAAAGGAGUCAGGGGCAGGCCGCUAACCCAAACAAAAUAGCUGCUUGGGUGAGAGCAGGUCUGGAUCAAGAAGUGUGGCGGGAUCGUUCGUCUCGUGGUGCUUGUAUUAACUGUGUCUGCACCUUCUCCUACCCAGGAGGAGAGAUAAACCAUAAGAUAUCAUUCCUGGUGAGCGACGAGUUGCCCUUUGAUAUGUUAUUGGGCAUGUACUACCUCGAGGUUGCUAAGCCCCAAUUUGAUUGGGACAAGAAGGUGUUAAAGCACGAGUUACCUAGUGGGAGAACCGUGAGACUGGCCAAGUACAAAGCCAGUAGGAGUGGGAACACUGGAUCCUAUCAAGAGGUGAAACUGAUGAGAUGGCAUUGGGAACACCUCCGGAUACGUGGGAACACUGGAUCCUAUCAGGAGGUGAAACAGGAUCCAGGCAUUAGGACAGUGGGAACACCUCUUGAUACGUGGGAACACUCGAUCCUAUCAGGAGGUGAAACUGAUGAGAUGGCAUUGCGGGCACGCUGCACAGAUGCAGGUUUGUCUGGGCCCCUGAAAGUGUUGAAGAACAACAUGUUGUCACUGCACGCGCACGUAGACAGCAGGUUGGACUUCAUGCAUAGCACUUUGGACCAGAUCCUGGAUGCAUUGACAAAGCAAGGAUUCCGGUCACCAGCACAAUCGUCGUUGCCGUUAACGGCGAUGUCAGGCCCCUUUCCCGUACAAGUUGGCACCCAGCCAAGUGGUACGUCUGCAGCAGUCUCACAGACUGUUGCAUCUUCUUCUUCGGGUCCAGCGGUGAUUGCUACAUCACCACAACAACCUGUUCAGCAAUCUGGACAGCCACAAGGUCAAUGGUAUCCCAAGACCCCAAUGAAACCGCCUCUUGCCUUCUCAGGCGAGAGAAAGGACGAGGAGUUCAACACAGGGUUGAGGAUGGUCCCGAUUUGGGUGAAGGCCAAAAGGACCUUGCCAGAGGAUGAAGUGGUAACUGCGGCAUCUUACCUAGAGGGUAAGGCAGCCAAAUGGUUAGAUGGUGUAGUUGUGAAGGUCGGGUACGGGCGAUGCAUGGCGGAUUGGGCUAAGUCUUUGACUUUAGACCAAUUCAUGGAAAUGGUAGAAGCUCGAUGGCAUAAUCCACAGGAGGCGCAAAGAGCCACUGAUGCCAUUAACAAACUGGACCAACGCAAGUUCAGGUCAGUUAGGGAGCUUACGACUACUGUUGAGAGCUUGAUCCUCGUCCCAGGUAUCAACUACAGCGACCAGUUCCUGUUAACAACGUUUGUUAGAUGUCUCCCUGAGAACAUCAGGAACUUACUAGCCAGUGAGGCAGGCACCGAGUACCACUCAUUUGAGACAUUGUCUAGGAAGGCUUUAGAUUUGGAAGCCACGCUAGGCAAUGCUCAACCCACCUCAGGGAAUGACUCAAAGAAGAAGAAGAGUCCUCAGGAGUGGAAGAAGAAGGGGGCUAAGUUGAUGAUGGUUGAGUCCGAUGGGACUCAGACUGAGAUUGACAAACUCUCUGACCUGAUGGACUACUCAGAGUAUGACGACGAGGAGGUAGUUGAGGGUGGCACCCUCGCCGCGGUAGUAAAGACUAAGGCAGGUGGCCGAGGGAAAGGCCAACCUAGGAGUCAAGGGAAGACCGCCUCCAAUCAGACCAAACAGGCUGAGUGGUUUAAGGCAGGUCUUGAUCAAGACGUGUGGCGUGACCGCCGAAUGCGUGGCGCUUGUAUCAACUGCGGAGAAUACGGACACACGCAGUGGAAAUGUCAGAACGCUAAGGUUACGCAAAAGAUUGCUCCACAGAUGGGGGCAUCUUAUUCCCAGGCUUCUAGCUCGGGAAACGCGUCAUUCUUAGGAAUGUGCGGCUACUAUAGGAACUUCGUAAAGAACUAUUCUACAGUCGCCUCUCCUUUGACUGAUCUAACUCGACUUGACACACCGUGGGACUGGAGUGAUGAGUGCACGGGUGCUUUCAAGAGACUGAAGCAUGCACUCAUGAAUCAUGAAGUUCUCAUGGUUCCCGAUCCGCAGAAGCCAUUCAUAGUGACCACUGACGCAAGCCAAUACGGCAUUGGCGCAGUGCUGGCUCAGCAGGAUGGGAAGAAGUUGAGACCGAUUGACUACAUGAGUAAGAAGAUGCCAUCGAAGAAGUUGGCUAAGUCCACCUACGAAAGGGAACUCUAUGCUCUCUACAAGGCACUUGUCCAUUGGAGACACUUCCUUUUGGGAAGGUUCUUCUAUCUGAGGACUGAUCAUCAGACCCUCAAAUGGAUCAAGACUCAACCGACUCUUUCUUAUGCACUCAAGCGAUGGAUUGAGGUCAUAGACCAAUAUGACUUCAAGCUUGAGUACCUGAAGGGAGAGUACAACAAGGUUGUAGACGCGCUAUCCCGUAGAGCAGACUACCUAGGUGCGCUAGUUUCUGAAUUUGGUGUAUCUAAUGAAGUAACUCAAUCAUUGGUGGGAGCCUAUCAGGAAGACCCUGUCACGAUGGACAUCAUCCGCAAACUUCAGGCAAAAGACAAGGCCACAGAAAGUGAGUUUGUGAUGGUGGAUGGGCUAAUCUAUCUUGAUAAGGCCGGAGAUCAAGAUCGGGAUCAAGGAGGAGGGGGGUUCUGGAGGGAGAAGGGGAGCGAGGAUGGAGGUUGGGACCGGGAUCGGUGUGCUCGUUCGGGAUGACCAGGGUCAGUUCUUACCUUCGGGGUUGUUCCCCUUCCUUCACCGGGGAAGAUCCCCGAGGCCCCAAAGGAG